AUGAACGUGCUUCCGGUGCUACUGCUGCUGCUAAUGCAGCAGCUAACAGCCGUACCGCUGGCACAAGCGGAUCAAACAGCAAUAGAAACUUCAGCUAGCUCCAAUCCAAGGUCAACGCCACUGCGGACCACUCUCCGGUGCUCGCGCGUGGCGUUACCAAUACGGAUCCAUCCGCCGUACAAGUUGGCACUAGCAUCCACGACAACCACCACAACAACAACCACAACAACAACUCCAAGCACGACAACCACAACCACAUCUCGUCCUAAAAAGCCAACAGUCACAAGCAGCAUGGCGAAACAAAUUGAGGGUGAAAAAUUGGAUAUGACUGCUCUUAACGGUGGCAGCGUUGCACCACACGUCUUGCCCGUGCAUGAGAUGAGCAGCAGCCUGGUGAAUCGUGGCGAAAACGAAUAUAUUGUGCCAAUUGUGACCGUAAUGCUAGCUGUGCCGCUGGCCAUAGCUGUAUUCAUUGUGGGCUAUAGACGCUUCCGUGAUUUGUGGACAACGCGUCAUUACAGGCGCAUGGACUUUCUGGUCGAUGGCAUGUACAAUGAUUGACGAAGGCGCUAUCAGCAGCAGCAGGAGCUCGGCUACAAUGCUGCAACUGGUGGUGGAGGUGCUGGUGGCCGUGCAGGUGAUUUAUCGAUUACUGCCACGCGGCUGCCGUAGCGCAAACGAAUUUGAUAAAACAGCAAAUAAUUGGAAAGAUUAUUAGUUGUUAAGAUAUUAUGAUUAUUAUUACUUGAAUUCAGCAUGCAAUGCAAGAACAGGUGCAGUGAGCGAGAGCCAGAAUGUGAGCGAGCGAGACAGAGAGAGAGAGAGAAAGAGAAAAAAAGAGAAAGAGAUGAAUACGAAGCGCAUGUUGUUGCGGGGCAGCGGCACACGCUAAAUAUAUACACAUAUUGCUCAGUCAAUUAAAACAUUGAGAAUAUUUAUAUAUAUAUACGUGUGUGUGUAUGUUAAGUAAUUUCCAAGAAUAUAUAUACACAUAUGUAUAUACCCAGCGGCCAAAUCGAAUAUGUUGAUAAGAUUCAAGCGAAGCGCAAAACAAAACAAAACAAAAAUUAAAAAGUUAUAAACUAAUUUAAUGAAAAUAUUGCCAGCAUUUGAUU